AUGGCCGCGAAACUGCACUUCUUCGACUUCGGAGGGAUAGCGGAGCCGAUUAGGUACUUGCUCCACUACGGGGGCAAAAAGUUCGAGGACAUCAAGUACGACAUCAAAACAUGGCCCGACAAGAAGACCAAGGACUUACUGCCGUAUGGGCAGUUGCCUAUGUACGAGGAGGGUGGCUUGAAGUUGACGCAGUCUUUGGCCAUAGCCCGUUACGUUGCCUACAAAGUUAACGUUCUGCCCACCGACCCUUGGGAGCAAGCUAUGUUGGACAGCAUGGCGUUGACGAUCUACGAUUUCUGGUCGAAAAUCGUUGAAUUCACCAAGGAACAGGAUCCCGCUAAGAAAGAGACAAUCAAAGAGGAAAUUAUCGAUGAAACCAUCGACUAUUACUUUUCUCGUUUUGACAAACAGCUUAUGAAAAAUAAGGGAUACAUCAAUGGAAAGUUGUCCUGGGUGGACUUUGUUCUCGUCGGGAUCGUGGAAGCAGCCAACUUGAUCAUCGGAGUGGACAUGCAGAAGCAGUACCCCAACGUGGAUUACCUCAUGAAGACUAUUGUCUCCUUGCCCGGCGUGAAGGAAGAACAGAGAACAGAGAACAGAGAACAGAGAACAGAGAACAGGGAACAGGGAACAGGGAACAGGGAACAGGGAACAGGGAACAGGGAACAGGGAACAGAGAACAGAGAACAGAGAACAGAGAACAGAGAACAGAGAACAGAGAACAGAGAACAGAGAACAGAGAACAGAGAACAGAGAACAGAGAACAGAGAACAGAGAACAGAGAACAGAGAACAGAGAACAGAGAACAGAGAACAGAGAACAGAGAACAGAGAA